UGACAGUUUAAACCCAUUUGAUAUUGGAAAGAGAUUAAAAUUUCCCUCUAAGUAUCAAUGUAGCCCAUUCACAAACCCCUUGAAGAAGCGUCCUAAAGAAGUGAACUUCACCCAGUCUACUCCAUUGAAAUAUUGGACGGAUCAAGCCGAUAAUAUUGCCCCUACACUUGUAAACGUUCAUGUACCCGGUUUACCGGAUGUCGACCGCACAUUUUUUCGUGACCUCCUUUUGCCCGAGAAAUGGUUGGCGGGUUAUCACAUGGAUGGUAUCAUAUACUUGAUCAACAAGGACAGGAGACGGGCGAGAACUACAUUAUUAGGGCCUUAUUUUAUGCAACAAGUCUUGAACAAAAAAAUAGACAACAACGCGCAGUGGGAGGGAGAUCGCCUUCUCGUCAAAACGAAUUGGUCUUCAUUCGAUACGGUUUUGACACCCCUAAAUGUGGGGAAUUCGCAUUGGGUGUUGGUUCAAAUAGACCUUCCUGCAAAAAUGGUGAGAGUAUAUGACUCCAUGAGAAAUGGAAGGACAGUUGCAUCCAUAAAAGACUUGUGGGAACGCCUCCCCCACCUCCUACGUGUUAUUACGUGGAGAACGGAAGAUGACGUUGCAAGUGACCUUUUUCCUUGGGAAGUUGUUGCUGUUGAUGGUGUCCCCCAACAGCGGGGAGGGGGCGAAUGUGGAAUGAUGGUGCUCAGUUUUGCGGAGCACCUCAUGUUGGAGCUCCCGUUCAUACCCGGUUGCGAGUACGAGAACAUGGCGACGAAGAGGUGUGAAUUCGCCAAUCGACUUUGGAUGUUGAAG